CAAUUGUGAACAAUGAGCGAGAACAGAAACGAAACAACUCCUCCCGCCACUGGUCCUUCCGAGGAAACCCUCAAGUCACUGCUUAGCCCAGAAGACGACGGAUUCAUCUGGUGCAGCAGUGUGUACCUGAUAGGCAAACACGCCAUGCUUACCGUCUUCUACACCACCGUCCUCAUCAUUUCCCUCUUCUACCCGUUUCCUGAGUACUACGCCGCGAUGUGGGCAGCGGGCCUGUUCGGCGCCUUUUACAGCAUCAGCAUCAUCAUGUAUCAGGUCUACAUGAUAUGGGACUCCAAAAAACCUCCAGUCCACGUGGUCUCUCCUUCAGAAAUCUGAAGCGGCUGCAAAGAAAAACAUGCCACCAAACAGUCCCAAUAUCCCAAAGUAGAAUAAAUAUUGUUUGCCAGAAAAAAACACUUGGUGUUAAGUGUACUGUAGUAGAGAUAUGGAAUCACAUCAGGGGUGUUUUUUCCCACCAUCUUCUCUUAAAUAUGUUUUUGUCAAAGAAAUAAGGAAACGUAAGAUGUGAAAAGCAUAUAGAACAUAUGACGAAGACAGGAAAUGCAUGAGUGACCUGUAACAUAAGGAGUUAUAGUGUAUGUAAAACAGGUGUCAUAAAUUGCCGGAAGUGCAAAGGCUAUCCGGCCCUCUGUAACUGUCUAUAUAUAAGAGAAGCCGACCGUGUUUGAUGUUGUUGAGUAGUAUCUAAUUUUCUCGUACUAUACCGCUUCUUCGUUAGGUAUUAUAAUGACUUCUGCUCUGUUCAGUUUUCCAUCUACUACGUCAGUAAAGGUAUUUAGUAUUGAACGUAAAUGAACCUGUGUCUAGCGUCGUCAACCUGUUGAUUACUAGUAAGUGAAUUCUUUGCAUUGCUAGGACAAGAACAGCGUGCAGUCUACUGCGAGUUGAUACGUAGAUGUAUUAUGAUAAAUGUGCAUUUAGAAUUUGGCAAGAAAGAUGUGUCUUGUUUUGUACUUUGGCUAAAAGGCAACUGAAUACAUCCUGGCAACACAAUUAGACUCAUUAAAAUUGACUUUAAC